GGGGCGGGGGGUGGGGGGAGGUGGCUGGAAGACCUUAGGGAGAGCACUGUAAGUCUCUGCAGUGCAGGGGCGGGAGGGCAGCGGGAGGCUAUUCUCUAGUUAGUGACCCUCGUCGGACAGCGAGUUGGGAGAGGUCCCGCCCUCGCCCAUCUGAGCCAGGUGUUCGAAUCCUUUGUCUAGAACUGGUGGCGUCCCAGUCCCACCGGCUUGAGGCACCAAAGGACCAGCCUUGGGGCUCAUGGCGGCGCCGGUCCGCUUGGGCCGGAAACGCCCGCUGCCGGUUUGCCCCAACCCGCUCUUUGUACGUUGGCUGACCGAGUGGCGGGACGAGGCAGCCAGCAGGGGGCGCCGCACACAAUUCGUAUUUCAAAAGGCGCUGCGAUCUCUCCGGCGUUACCCGCUUCCCCUGCGCAGCGGCAAAGAAGCUAAGAUCCUACGGCAUUUCGGAGACGGGCUCUGCCGGAUGCUGGACCAGCGGCUGCAGCAGCACCGAUCUUCGGGCGGUGAUCGUGCCCCAGAUGCAUCUGGAGCUAAGAGUCCAGCCCCGGAAUGGCCACCUGCCGAAGUCCCGGAGGCUUCCAUGCCAGUUCCAUCCCAGCCCGAAGUGGGAAGCUCUAGCAGCUACUGGCCGGCUCGGCACUCAGGAGCACGAGCAGUACUGUUGCUGCUCUAUAGAGAACACCUGAAUCCUAGGGGCCACAGCUGCCUAACCAAGGAGGAGCUGCUGCAGAGGUGUGCCCAGGAGUUUCCUAGGGUGGCCCCUGGGAGGACUGGACCCUGGCCAGCCCUCCGCUCCCUUCUCCAUAGGAACCUGGUCUACAGGACACACCAACCAGCCAGGUACUCACUGACCCCGCAGGGUCUGGAGCUGGCCCAGAAGUUGGCAGAGUCAGAGGGCCUGAGCUCACUGAAUGUGCGCAGUGGGCCAGAGGAGCCCUCUGGGGAGGAGCCAGAAGUGCCAGGAUCGGCCUCAGCUGAGCUCAGCGCCAGUGAAGGCAGUGUCCAGCAGCCACCGCUGGAGCUGAGGCCUGGAGAGUACAGGGUGCUAUUGUGUGUGGACGUUGGCGAGGCCAAGGGGGCCGGGCACAGGCCCGAGCUGCUCCGCCAGCUGCAGCGGCUGCACGUGACCCACAUGGUGCGCAAACUGCAUGUUGGGGACUUCGUGUGGGUGGCACAGGAGACCAGGCCCAGAGACCCAUCAAGACCCGGGGAACUAGUCCUGGACCACAUCGUGGAGCGCAAGCGGCUGGAUGACCUGUGUAGCAGCAUCAUCGAUGGCCGCUUCCGGGAACAGAAGUUCAGGCUAAAGCGCUGCGGCCUGGGGCGCCGAGUAUACCUCGUGGAGGAGCAUGGCUCAGUGCACAACCUCAGCCUUCCCGAGAGCACGCUGCUGCAGGCCGUCACCAACACUCAGGUCAUCGAUGGCUUCUUCGUGAAGCGCACAGCAGACAUUAAGGAGUCAGCUGCCUACCUGGCCCUCUUGACACGGGGCCUGGAGAGACUCUACCAGGGCCACACCCUACGCAGCCGCCCCUGGGGAACCUCAGGGGACCCCGAAUCAGGAUCUGGGCCCUCCCCAAAUCCUCUCUGCUCACUCCUCACCUUCAAUGACUUCAACGCAGGAGCCAUCAAAAACAAGGCCCAGUCUGUGAGGGAGGUUUUCGCCCGGCAGCUGAUGCAGGUUCGAGGAGUGAGUGGGGAGAAGGCAGCAGCCCUGGUGGAUCGGUACAGCACCCCUGCCAGCCUACUGGCCGCCUAUGAUGCCUGUGCCACCCCCAAGGAGCAGGAGAUGCUGCUGAGCACCGUCAAGUGUGGGCAGCUGCAAAGCCUCUCUCUUCGUGCAGGAAUCUGGGACCCGCUCUGAGCAGGACCUUGUCCCAGCUCUACUGCGGCUACAGCCCCUUGACCUGAGCUGGGCCAGGAGACGGACCCCAGCACCCAUCAUCUAGGCUAGCCAGCCUUUCACCAGCAUCUUAGGGCUUCAAUAAAAAUCUAAGUGUUUGCAGCUUUAUGUGCUACGGAGAUGGCAGGCCCCAGGGCCUUGUGAAAUAUCCAGGUGGUUUUAACUGAGCUCCUCAGGGCCUGGAGUUUCCUGGGGGAGCACUGAGACUGGCAGGGAGAUGGAGUCGGUGAGCUGCUGCAACUUUGAAUCUAGUUUAUGUCAUCAGACGAUCCCUGAUCAAAUAAAAUUUCCUUCGAUAAAAGGUUCUGUAGCUUGGAAAAGAAAAGUUUAAGAAGCA